AUUUCCCUUUGGCUUUUGCCUUUGCCAUUUCUUAUUUCAACUAAUACUCGAAUUUCUUCUGUUUCAUCGAUUUUGUCUGAAUUUCACCUCUUUUUAUUUCGAAAAAAAUGAAGUUGGAAAAUGGUCAAAAGAUUGGGAGGGUUCAUGAGAGAGCUGAGGGUCCUGCAAAAAUUUUAGCCAUUGGGACAGCAACUCCUUUUCAUUGGGUUGAUCAAACCUCCUAUCCUGAUUAUUAUUUCAAGGUAACAAAUAGUGAGCAUUUGGUGGACCUCAAAGAAAAAUUUAGACGUAUUUGCAGCAGAACAAUGAUUAGGAAAAGGCAUAUGCUUUUAACAGAAGAAAUAUUAAAGAAAAAUCCAAAUUUGUGUUCUUAUAAUGGGCCUUCCCUUGAUAUCAGACAAGACAUUUUGGUCUCAGAAAUACCCAAACUUGGUAAAGAGGCUGCCCUUAUGGCCAUUGAUGAAUGGGCUCAGCCCAAAUCAAAAAUUACCCAUUUAGUCUUUUGUACAAGAAGUGGUGUGGACAUGCCUGGUGCGGAUUAUCAAUUAAUAAAGUUAUUGGGCCUAAGCCCAUCAGUUCAACGAUUAAUGAUGUACCAACAAGGUUGUUUUGCCGGUGGCACGAUGCUCCGGUUAGCCAAGGACUUAGCUGAGAACAACAAGGGUGCUAGGGUACUCGUUGUGUGUGCUGAGAGCUCAGCGAUAGGGUUUCGCGGGCCGAGCGAAGCUCAUCCCGAUAACCUUAUCGCACAAGCAUUAUUUGGGGACGGUGCGGUCGCGGUUAUAAUCGGGUCGGACCCUAAAAUGGGCCUGGAGAGGCCCAUUUUCGAAAUUGUCUCGGCGGCCCAGACGUUUGUACCUAACGGGGAUUGCCACCUCGCGUUACACUUACGCGAGAUGGGCCUUACAUUUCAUUGUACCAGGGACGUACCACCGACCAUCGCGAAAAAUGUGGAGAGUUGCUUAAUAAAGGCGUUUGAACCGUUAGGCAUUUCAGAUUGGAACUCGGUGUUUUGGAUUCUUCAUCCAGGAGGUAAUGCAAUUGUGGACCAAGUCGAAAGCACAUUGGGCCUAGAGCCCGAUAAGUUACGGGCCACGAGAAAUAUCCUUCGAGAAUAUGGUAACUUGUCUAGUGCAUGUGUGUUAUUCAUAUUGGAUGAGAUAAGAAAAAAAUCUGCUAGAUAUGGGCUGAAGACUACUGGAGAUGGGCUGGACUUGGGAGUCCUUUUAUCAUUUGGGCCUGGGCUUACAAUUGAGACAGUUGUGCUUCGUAGUGUGCCCAUUUAGCAUUUUCAAUAAUGGGCCCAUUAUGUCUCUCUUUUUUACUUGGGCCUGGCCUUUUGUGAUGUUUAAUUUCAUUUUCAUUUUCUUUUGGGUGGAAUUUUUUCAACU